GCAUCAUCAUCCGAAUCGUCCUACAAGUGUUUGUGCACCCAACAUCACACUAUAAAACCACACUUGCUCCUCUUCCUCCUAUUUGCAAAAUCUCCUCAAUCAUCCUUGCGAAUACUGAAUCGUUAUGGCGUUACCACUAGUACGCAGUCUGGUCGAGUGUGCUGAAUAUAACAACACUGUUGCCCCUUACCUCUACCAGUUACGGCCGCUACCACAAGUGUUCUUACAGACAGCCACCAAUGCAGCUGGCCUGAAACAGCUGUAUCUCGACACCAACCCGCUUAUCACAGCCCUUGCGUUUUCCCUUGCCAUAUCUCCAAUUUUCCUUGUCGUCUCGGAGAUCAACAAAAACUACUCGCAAGUGGAUCGUGUCUGGUCCAUUCUGCCGACCAUCUACAACAUUCAUUAUGCUGUCUAUGCUCAUCUGGCCGGCAUCGAUACGACCAGGCUCAAUGUUGUGGCAGCCAUCAGUUGCCUCUGGAGUACUAGAUUGACCUACAACUACUGGCGAAAAGGCGGCUAUACUGUCGGCAGCGAGGACUAUCGUUGGGCUAUCGUCAAGAAGAAUGUUGGACCGGCUCUCUUCUUCCUCUUCAACAUCUCCUUUAUCUCAUUCGGACAAUCUUUCCUUCUGGCCAGCAUAACCUUUCCAAGCUACGUCCUCGUUCUUGUCUCCAGAUUGGCCACCCACAGUUCGAGCGUGCCUAGCUUCGGCAUUGCAGACAUCGCGGCCGCAACGCUCAUGCUCACUGGCGUAGUCACAUCGUUUGUUGCCGAUCAACAACAAUGGUACUAUUAUUCAGCCAGGUCAACUUACAGGGAGUCUGGAAAAGUCCCCAAUGGUUACGACAAAGACAAUUUGGAACGUGGCUUCAACACCAGAGGAUUGUUUGCCUACUCAAGGCACCCCAACUUCGCCGCCGAACAGACUGUAUGGGUUACACUUUACUUGUGGUCUUGCCUAGCGACAGGGACAUGGUAUAACUGGACUGGGAUUGGAGCUGUGUCAUACCUGAUAUUGUUUCAGUCCAGUACAUGGCUCACUGAAUUGCUGUCAUCGAGAAAGUAUCCAGAGUACAAGGAAUAUCAGCAGAAAGUUGGCAAGUUCUUGCCCAACUUGGGUGCAGGAUCUCCAAGCUUUCAAGGGCAGCUGAAAGGACAUACAAAUGGUAGUGCAAAGAGGGAUGCAGAUGAGGUCAAGGCACGGGAACGGUACGAUUUGCGAUAGACUCGAGCAACACGCAGGGAACCAAAUAGCUGCUCGCAAUGACAUUUCUUUUGAGCCUUGGAAUAAUC